UCCCGCCCUGGGAAUCGGGGCACGUGGUGUUGAUUAAUGCACCUGCAGGGCGGCUGGGAGCGAUCUGUAUCCAGACAAGCCGAGGCGGGGGCCCGGGUCGCAGGUGCGGGGGAGGAGGCGCCGGCGGGAGCGUCCCUGCGCACGUGUGCUGCCAGAAUGCAGCGCCAGUGAGGAAGAGCCUAAGGAACCUCCUCAGGACCAGCAGUAGCACACAGUAGCUGUCUGCCUUCUCCCGUGGACCAUUCCCGUUUCUCUCCUGAUUCAAAUGGAGUUCAAGUGUUAAAGUUGGUGAGGUAUAUGUGCACACUGGCCACAUGGGUUCUGAAAUGUCUUCCCUGCCAGACUUGGAGCUCUUCACCAUGGGGAUGUGGUCUAUCGGCCUUGGGGCUAUUGGCGUAGCUGUGACAGGGAUUCUUCUUGCUAACACCGACUUGUUUCUCUCCAAACCGGAGGUAGCCUCGUUGGAGUUUUUAGAGACAACCGAGCUAAAAUCUCUGGGAGAAGCAGAAGAGAGAACAUUCAAGGCAGGUGAGCUAUGGAAGAAGAAUGGUGCAGUGAUCAUGGCUGUGCGGAGACCUGGAUGCUUUUUGUGCAGAGAGGAGGCUUCUGAGCUUUCCUCUCUGAAACCUCAGCUUGACCAACUUGGCAUCCCCCUCUAUGCUGUUGUGAAAGAAAAGAUUGGGACUGAAGUGGAGGAUUUCCAGCAUUAUUUCAAAGGGGAAAUAUUUCUGGAUGAAAAGAAAAAGUUCUAUGGUCCUCACAAGCGAAAAAUGCUGUUGAUGGGUUUUAUCCGCCUAGGAGUCUGGCAGAACUUCCUUCGCGCUUGGAAGAAUGGAUACAGUGGUAACCUGGAAGGAGAAGGGUUCAUCCUGGGAGGAGUUUACGUGAUUGGUGCUGGAAAGCAGGGUGUUCUCUUGGAGCAUCGAGAGAGAGAAUUUGGAGACAAAGUGAUCCUUCAGUCUGUCCUUGACGCUGCUGAGAAGAUAAAACCACAAGCUGCAGACACCGAAUAAUAGUGACACAUGUUUAGUCUUGGCUUGAAAAUGUAGAACAUGUCUGUAUGUGAAAAUGCAGUGUAAUUGCUUUCUUAGACUAGUCAGUAAUAGCUCAGCUGGAGGAUUUUCUCUGAAAUUAGUCAACAAAUGAACAACCUCUUUGAUGGUAGCUGACUUGUUUGUGCUUUGUAGCCCCUCAGGUGCCCACUGUUUCUACUAGUUUUUUGUCUCUUACCGCAUUAAUGAAGGGCUAGUCCCAAAAUCUUAAGGCGUAACCUAGAUAGGUCCAUUCAGAGCCAGGAAAAUAAGAGAAUAUCUGUGUGCCUGGGGAGUAGGACAUUGCUAAGGCAGGAGUAAGUGAGGUUGAAAGAUAAUAAAAAUUAUGUAAAUGAAA